AUGACCGCUUCCGCCUUAGGCGUCGCCAGCUCCGGGUCCAUCCCCGCGUCGCUUGCCGCCCUCCUCAACCUCCCACCUCGCCCCCUGGCUCCGCCGGUGCCCCAAUUUUUCGGCACCACCGCCGUGGGAUCCAUGUUCUCGGCUCCAAUCCCGCCGCCGCCGCCUGCAACCGUCGUCGCCACGCCGACAAUCCUGCCCGCGGGGCCACCCGCGGCAUCUUCUGGCUCUUCCCCGACGCUUGCCAUCCUCCCAGCGACCUCGGGGGAGGUUCUGCCCGCGGCCCCGCCCGCAACCUUGCCCGCGACGCCACCCGUGGCCUCGCCCGUGGCUGUGGCCCCCGUCGCGGCUCUGUCGUCCGCCGCCCCGGUCGCUGAUGCAGUCACACCCGCCGGGCCGUUCCACUUGGACAACCUGAUCUCCAUCAGGCUCACGCCGGACAACUACUUGUUCUGGCGCGCCAAGGUCAUCCCUACCGUCCACGGCCCCGCCAUCAAUCCGGAACACCGUAUGUGGGUGCAGCAUGACCAGGCGAUCCUCUCCGCCAUCCAGGGUUCCCUCGGCAACGGGGUCGCCGGCCUCUGUCUCUUCGCCGCAACCUCCAUGGACGCCUGGACGACUCUGGAGCACGCCUUUGCCCAGAUAUCUACCUCCCGCUCGAGGGCCCUUCGCAGCGAGCUCGCCGACAUCAAGAAGCUGGACUCCUCCGCCACGACCUACUUCAACAAGAUGAAGGUGUUGGCGGACACGCUCACCUCUAUUGGUCGGCCGCUUAGCGAUGAGGAGUUCGCCGCCUUCGUCAUCAAAGGCCUCGACGCCGAGUACGACAAUCUCGCGGAGGCCGUUCACAACGCCAAGCCAGCGAUGCCUCCUCACGAGCUCUACCCAUGCCUCCUCUUCACUGAGCAGCGCGUCGAGGCUCGUCGCUCCUCCGUCAACAUCGUCGCACAGCCGACGGCCUACUGGGCCUCUCGCGGCCAGCGCUCGCCUGCCCCAUCGGCUGGCAAGGCCGCCCCGCCCCUGCAUCGACCAUGGGUGGGGGCCCUAAUACUCGAGUGGUGUGCCAGCUUUGUGGUCGUGAACGACACGUCGCUUCCAAGUGUCACCGUCGCUUUUAGAGGAGCUUCCUUGGCAUCGACAACGACGGAAAAGGCAACGAGCGCCACAUGGUACAUGGACACCGGCGCCACGGAUCACAUGACGAACGAGCUCAACAAGCUCUCCACCUACCAGCCCUACUACGGGCACGAUUAG